AUGGCACGACAUAGAAAAGUGGAUAGGGCCCUUCUAUCGCAAAAUGAUCCCCUCGAUUCCGCCGACCAGGAACUCAUCAUUUCGCUGCUUGCAGCCCAAAACGAUAGCAAUUUUCAGUUCUACCGCAGAGUCUUACUUUUGGCCAUUGUCGUUGAGAUUCUUCCCUUGGCCCACGCCGCCCGAGUAACUUUCACCCAAAAAGGCGUGUAUUCGCCGCUGGCUAUUAUGAUGGUUAUUCUUUCGUGCGUUUUUCUGGUGGCUAGCAUGUGGCCAGUCUGGCGUGAUUGGCGCCGCAAAGCACUUGAUUAUACUAAUAUGGCAUUGGUGGCUGGACUCUGGACUAUUCUCUAUCGUAGCGGUCUUUGCUGGCAGGAUGUAUUUGCUUUAGUUCCUGCGGCAAACCUAGGUGCAGUGGUAUUGCUUCGUCGCUGGCACAUAUCCACCAACAAGAGUGUGCAUGAUCUCCGAGACCUCACUUACAAGUUUAAAUCCGUCUAG